AUGUUGGGGGUGAUGGGGAUAAAGCGUGUGAUGGCUAUGAUGUGGAUGAUGGAUGAUGGGAUGAUGCAGAUGAUAAAGAUGAUGGGGAUGAUGGGUGUGAUGGAGAUGAUGGGGAUGAGGGGGGUGAUGUGGAUGAUGGAGGACGAUGGGGGUGAUGUGGAUGAUGGAGACGAUGAGAUGAUGGGGGUGAUGGGGAUGAUGGGAGAUGAUGGGGGUGAUGAGGAUUGA